AUGGGUCAUCAUCAUCAUCAUCAUCACGGUCAUCACGGUCACUACGAUGUAGUCUACACUAACCCGGUCUACCCAGUCGGAUACGUUCCACCACCAGUCGUAGCCCCAAUCGCCCCAAUGGGAUACCCAGUCGCUCCAAUGGUUGCACCACCAGUCGCUCCAAUGGUCGCUCCAGUCUACCCAGCUGGUUACGUCUCCCCAGUCGUACCAACCACCACCAUCGUCUACGAAACCGGACACCACCACCACGGUCACCACCACCAUGGUCACCACCACCACGGUCACUGGUAA